UCCACAUAUAGCCAGUACUUGCUCCUCCACCACCACCCCUGGCAAGGGCCUUGGGUCUGCAGGUUCCUCGUUACAGUGACAUACCAAGCCUGACCUUGCACAAGGCCCCACAGGCAGAAUGGGCGACAUGGCCAACAGCUCCAUUGAGUUCCACCCCAAGUCACAGCCGCAGCGGGAGGCUCCGCAUGCAGGCGGCUUUGGGUGCACGCUAGCUGAGCUGCGUACCCUCAUGGAACUGCGCGGGGCCGAGGCACUGCAGAAGAUCCAGGAAGCCUAUGGGGACGUCGGUGGGCUCUGCAGGAGGCUGAAGACCUCGCCCACAGAGGGCCUGGCGGACAAUACCAGUGACCUGGAGAAGCGCAGGCAGAUCUACGGGCAGAACGUCAUCCCUCCCAAGCAGCCCAAAACCUUCCUGCAGUUGGUGUGGGAGGCCCUUCAGGACGUGACCCUCAUCAUCCUGGAGGUAGCCGCCAUUGUCUCCCUGGGCCUCUCAUUCUACGCUCCGCCUGGGGAAGAGACUGAAGCCUGUGGGAAUGUGUCCGCUGGAGCUGAAGACGAGGGCGAGGCCGAGGCGGGCUGGAUCGAAGGGGCCGCCAUCCUGCUGUCGGUCAUCUGCGUGGUGCUGGUCACGGCCUUCAAUGACUGGAGCAAGGAGAAGCAGUUCCGGGGCCUCCAGAGCCGCAUUGAGCAGGAGCAGAAGUUCACGGUCAUCCGGAACGGUCAACUCCUCCAAGUCCCAGUGGCCGCACUGGUGGUGGGGGACAUUGCCCAGGUCAAGUACGGAGACCUGCUGCCUGCCGAUGGUGUGCUCAUCCAGGGCAACGACCUCAAGAUCGACGAGAGCUCCCUGACAGGCGAGUCCGACCACGUGCGCAAGUCGGCUGGCAAGGACCCCAUGCUGCUCUCAGGCACCCAUGUCAUGGAAGGUUCUGGAAGAAUGGUGGUGACAGCCGUUGGGGUGAACUCCCAGACAGGCAUCAUCUUUACCUUGCUUGGAGCUGGUGGAGAAGAGGAGGAAAAGAAAGAUAAGAAAGGCAAACAGCAGGAUGGAGCCAUGGAGAGCAGCCAGACCAAAGCUAAGAAGCAAGAUGGGGCAGUCGCUAUGGAGAUGCAGCCCCUGAAGAGCGCAGAGGGUGGGGAGCUGGAGGAGCGCGAGAGGAAGAAGGCCAGUGCACCCCGCAAGGAGAAGUCGGUCCUGCAGGGCAAGCUCACAAAGCUGGCGGUGCAGAUCGGCAAGGCAGGGCUCGUGAUGUCUGCCAUCACCGUCAUCAUCCUGGUCCUGUACUUCGUGAUAGAGACCUUUGUCGUGGAUGGCCGUGUGUGGCUCACAGAGUGCACGCCGGUCUACGUGCAGUACUUCGUGAAGUUCUUCAUCAUCGGUGUCACUGUGCUGGUUGUGGCUGUCCCCGAGGGCCUGCCUCUCGCUGUCACCAUCUCCUUGGCUUACUCUGUGAAGAAAAUGAUGAAGGACAACAACCUGGUGCGCCACCUGGACGCCUGCGAGACCAUGGGCAAUGCCACGGCCAUCUGUUCGGACAAGACGGGCACGCUCACCACCAACCGCAUGACGGUGGUGCAGGCCUACCUAGGAGAUACACACUACAGAGAGGUUCCAUCCGCCAGUGCCGUGACAUCCAAGAUCCUUGACCUUCUGGUCCAUGCCAUCUCCAUCAACAGUGCCUACACCACCAAAAUACUACCUCCAGAGAAGGAAGGUGCCCUGCCGCGCCAGGUGGGCAACAAGACCGAGUGUGCCCUGCUGGGCUUCGUACUGGACCUCCAGCGGGACUUCCAGCCUGUGCGGGAGCAAAUCCCAGAAGACAAGCUGUACAAAGUGUACACCUUCAAUUCGGUCCGCAAGUCCAUGAGCACGGUCAUCCGUAUGCCUGACGGCACCUUCCGCCUCUUCAGCAAGGGCGCUUCGGAGAUCCUGCUCAGAAAGUGCACUCACAUCUUAAACAACAACGGGGAGCUCCGGCUCUUCCGUCCUCGGGACCGAGAAGACAUGGGGAAGAAGGUGAUCGAGCCGAUGGCCAGCGAUGGCCUGCGCACCAUCUGCAUCGCCUACCGGGACUUCCCUGCAGGCCAGGAGCCUGACUGGGACAAUGAGAAUGAGGUGGUGGGCGACCUCACCUGCAUAGCUGUCGUGGGCAUCGAGGACCCUGUGAGGCCUGAGGUCCCUGAAGCGAUUCGCAAAUGUCAGCGUGCUGGCAUCACGGUCCGCAUGGUAACGGGUGACAACAUCAACACGGCCCGGGCCAUUGCAGCCAAGUGUGGCAUCAUCCAGCCUGGGGAGGACUUCCUGUGUCUGGAGGGGAAAGAGUUCAACCGAAGGAUCCGCAAUGAGAAAGGAGAGAUAGAGCAGGAGCGGCUGGACAAGGUGUGGCCCAAGCUGAGGGUGCUCGCCCGCUCGUCUCCCACCGACAAGCACACACUAGUCAAAGGGAUUAUUGACAGCACCACAGGUGAGCAGCGGCAGGUGGUGGCAGUGACUGGGGAUGGCACCAAUGAUGGGCCAGCUCUCAAGAAAGCAGAUGUGGGUUUUGCCAUGGGGAUCGCAGGCACAGAUGUGGCAAAGGAGGCGUCAGACAUCAUCCUCACCGAUGACAACUUCACCAGCAUCGUCAAGGCCGUGAUGUGGGGCCGCAACGUGUAUGACAGCAUCUCCAAGUUCCUGCAGUUCCAGCUGACGGUCAACGUGGUGGCCGUGAUCGUGGCCUUCACCGGUGCCUGCAUCACCCAGGACUCUCCUCUCAAAGCUGUACAGAUGCUGUGGGUGAACUUGAUCAUGGACACAUUCGCUUCACUAGCCCUGGCGACAGAGCCACCCACUGAGUCCCUGCUGCUGCGGAAGCCCUAUGGCCGGGACAAACCUCUCAUCUCGCGCACCAUGAUGAAGAACAUCGUGGGCCACGCCGCCUACCAGCUCACCAUCAUCUUCACCCUGCUCUUUGUCGGAGAGCUGUUUUUUGACAUUGAUAGCGGCAGGAACGCACCACUGCAUUCACCGCCCUCAGAGCACUACACCAUCAUCUUCAACACCUUCGUCAUGAUGCAGCUCUUCAACGAGAUCAACGCCCGCAAGAUCCACGGCGAGCGCAACGUCUUCGAUGGCAUCUUCAGCAACCCUAUCUUCUGCAGCAUUGUGCUGGGUACCUUCGCCAUCCAGAUCGUCAUCGUCCAGUUUGGUGGGAAGCCCUUCAGCUGCUCCCCGUUGUCCACGGAACAGUGGCUGUGGUGCCUGUUUGUCGGUGUAGGGGAGCUGGUCUGGGGACAGGUCAUCGCCACCAUCCCCACGAGCCAGCUCAAGUGCCUGAAGGAAGCAGGCCACGGGCCUGGCAAGGAUGAGAUGGCCGACGAGGAGCUGGCUGAAGGCGAGGAGGAGAUUGACCACGCCGAGCGGGAGCUCCGGAGGGGCCAGAUCCUGUGGUUCCGGGGCCUCAACCGCAUUCAGACGCAGAUGGAGGUAGUGAGUACCUUCAAGAGAAGCGGUUCAUUUCAGGGUGCUGUGCGCCGGCGGUCUUCGGUCCUCAGCCAGCUCCAUGACGUAACCAAUCUUUGUACCCCCACUCACGUAAUUCUCUCUGCUGUCAACCCCACCAGUGCUGCCGGGAAUCCGCGUGGUGAAAGCAUUCCGUAGCUCGCUCUAUGAAGGCCUGGAGAAACCUGAAUCCAAGAGCUCCAUCCAUAAUUUCAUGGCAACACCCGAGUUUCUGAUCAACGACUACACCCACAACAUCCCACUCAUUGAUGACACGGAUGUGGAUGAGCACGAAGAGCGCCUACGGGCCCCGCCACCCCUGUCCCCGAACCAGAACAACAAUGCCAUAGACAGCGGUAUCUACCUGACCACGCAUGUCACCAAGUCAGCUACCUCUUCAGCCUUCUCUUCCAGCCCCGGGAGCCCCCUCCACAGCGUGGAGACGUCCCUCUAACCAGAACUGUCAUCGGCACAUGCACUCACGCACACUGGGACUCAUGCAGUCACAUGCACACUUGCACGCAUGCACACACACAGAUGGGAGCCCGCACACUUGCAUCAAGGUGGCUGGGCCCCACAUGCUCGACCAUGAUGUAGCCUGCAAUAGGCAUCUCCCGUGGGACCACGGAAGAGGAGAGGGGCGCUGCAUCCAAAACGGAACAAGGAGGAAGCAGGCAGGGGAAGAGGCGUGUUCACCACCUUUCUAAGUGAUGCUUAUUCCAGCAUGAAGGCUGUCACUCCAGCGUGUGUUCGCCACGUGUGCCAUGCAGGAAGUGGGAGGG